AUGGUGACGAAGAAAUUGCGCUUUGUUGCUGGAAUGGCGACGUCUACCUCGUCAACAAAGACGGCUCUCAGCUGCGGUUUACGAUCCCAUUUUCCAUCACUGCGUUCUUCUCAGGAGCGUUUGCGGUCGGUGGUGAAGACACACUCUUUUGCGCUACAACGUCGGGAGGCAUUUUGUACUACAGCGGCAUCGGCCAGUCGAUCCGCCAUAUUCGGCAUCAUAGCGUGCUGGAAGCAAUCGAGACAGCCGAUCUUCAGUCGACUCUGGGCUCCAGCGAGAAGCGUCGCGAUCUUGUCGCAUCCCUGCAAAAGUUUUUGUCGCCAAUGA